AGGAGCUGCGCCGUCGCUUCCUCGCUUCGUCCCCGCGCCUCCUGCCUCUCUGCCCCGACUUUUUUCUAAGACGCUUGGCCGACGGCCGCCGCGCUUUUCAGGAGCCAUGAAGCAUGCGCUUCUCUUCCCCGCCUACCUCGUGGCGGUGGCCGGCUACCUCCUCGCUUCUCCUGCGAAGGCCUCUCUCGCGGACUUGCUUGCCGAAGCUGAAAUUGCGCAGGAGUUGCAGCGAGAGAACUUGCGCGACGCCGGCCCUGCAGCAACCGCCACGGAAGCGCGUGUGCAAGAGGCGGAACAGCCGGACGAAGUUUCCGGUGUCUUCAAGAAGCUCCCAGAAGCCGACCAGCCUCAAGAGAAGGCUGAGGCGCAAGAAGUCACUUCUGAGAGGGAGGAAGCAGAGGAAGCAGAGGAGGAAGCAGAGGAGGAGGAGGAGCAUAGAUCUAAACAGGAGGCGAGCCGUGGGUUUGAGGAAGCUCCAGAGCACCAAGUGGAAGACGUCAAGAUGAUCGAGGCGGAGGAGGGGGGAUUCGGAGGCGUCGAGCACUCUGAGGAGGCAUCUGGGCAGAAAAAGAAAAGAAGGACCUCCGACUAGUGGGCGGAAAGAAGCAAGAAACGCAGAAGACAGCGACGAAACGGGGCGGGCGGCUUCAGACCUGGAGCAGAGGUCGAUCUGAAUGUCGUCACCGCUGCUGUGGGGUCCUUGGCAACGACGGACGUCGCGCUUGUUUGGAAAGUCUUCCCGUUUAGCUCUCGCCACUCUGCGCGAAAGACGUCCAGAUUUACGACCCAGCUGCGGCAGAGGAGAGUGCAGAAACGAGUUGAAAAGGUUUUUUCGGCUGGUGAGAGGCAGUCGCGGGGAAAGAGGCUCGUGAGAGCCUGGAGCGAAAAGAAACGACUCACGGGUGACGAAAUUCCCCCUCUUGGGAUGCGCACUGGGAGUGCCUCUCUCUCUGUCUGAGGCGACAGAGACCGCAGGGCGAGAUGGAGAAGAGGUGUAGAGACUCCGGGGCCUC